AUGGAGUAUUAUAGGUACUAUCGUAGUUGGAUGUACGAUAAGUUGUAUCCAGAAAGACGCGGACUUAAACCAAAUUUUGAGGAGGGAGUUAAAGGGUUUAUCACGUGGACAUUUUCUCAGGAAUGUUGUCGAAGCGAAGGAGGAGUUAGAUGUCCUUGUCUUAAAUGUGGAUGCAGACCUAUAAUUAGUGACCCAGAGGAAGUAGAACGACAUUUGAAGAGAAAGGGUUUCAUUGAAAAUUAUUGA